AUGAAGAGCCUCCGUGUUGCAGAUGCGGAGCCGCCGCUGCCGCCACCACCAUCCCCACCGAUUCUCAUCCCCGACGAACUCAUCAAAGAAAUCCUGUCGUUGCUUCCGGUGAAAUCCCUCGUGCGGUUCAAUUGCGUGUCCAAGUCAUGGAAGCUCAUCAUAUCCGAUCCCCACUUCGUGAAACUGCACCUUCAUCGAUCUUCCGCUAAAAUCACAGACUUUGAACACAUUCAGUUACAGUCCUUACCCAUCUAUCAAUCACAAGUAUCAAUUUACUCUAUUCCUCUAUUAUUCUCAUCCCAGAAUCAAAAGCCACAUUUGUACCCAAUAGACAACCAUUACAAGUUGAUGGGAGUCUGCAAUGGCUUGGUCUCUUUCAUCAAACUGGAACUUUGCUCUAAAGAAUGCACUUGUUGGGUCCGUUUGUGGAACCCAGCUAUCAGGUUAUGGUCUCAAGUUUCACCACCAUUGUCUUUGCGCAGACAACAAAAUGGAUAUUUUGACUCGAGUUUUUGUACUUUUGGGUUUGGAUAUGAUCGUUUGAAUGACACUUAUAAGGUGGUGGCAGUUUUUUACUAUAGGACUCAUAGUGAAGAGCUCAUGCAAAGUGUGAUAAAUGUUUACGACAUGAGGGGUAGUUGUUGGAGAACUAUUCAAUCUUUUCCUGAUCUCAGUGAUAAGCCACCUAAGUUAUGCUUAAGUUCAGAGCAAAUUGGAGUUUAUGUAAGCGGCACAGUUAACUCGGUAAGAAUAGUGAAUACGAACUUGUUCUUCAUUGUUUCUCUUGAUUUGGGGACAGAAGAGCACACACAAAUGUCGGUGCCAUGUUUUCCUCAGCGUGCUGAAGGCAUCAAUUUCCCACCGGCUCUCGGGGUUCUGAAAGAUUCAUUGUGUGUUUUGCAUAACAUCAGCGAGACGAGGUUUGUGAUUUGGCAAAUGAAGGAGAUUGGAGCUCACGACUCUUGGACUCAACUAUUUGACAUUGUUUUUGAAGGGCAUCUCGUCCGGUGGAGGACUCCUAUGGAACAUCUAACUGGGUUCGUCUUGUUCGAGGAUGAAGUCUUGUUGAUGUCAUACCUCGAACAAGUUCUAUAUAACAAGAGAGAUAAUACAUUCAAACUUAAUAGUAUAGCUAAUAGGUCUAGUAUAGCUAAUAGGUCUGAUGCCAUUAAUGGCUUACAUGUCCACAAUUAUAUUGAAAGCUUGGUUUCACCUUGUUGA